AAAUUAAAAAUAAUUAAUAUUUAAUUAAGCAUCAUCUAAUCGAGGCGCAGCCGGCUGGCCCGCCGGCUGCGAUUUGGUCGUCGCAUGUAGUCAAAGUCAACAACGAUAAUGAUGUACACUAGCUUAUUCUAUCUGCAAUUCUGCCACCACGACGCCCACGCUAAGUAGCCGCAGCAAUAACAAUGUAAGGUGGCCAGCAAAGCAGAUGAACAUGGCCAGCCAUGUCCUCCUCCACCUCUUCCUCUGCUGCACCACCCUCCGCGCCGCGGCGGCGCUCUCCUUCGACUACGACUUCGCAGCCGUGGGGCGGGACGUCGCCGCCGCAAACCUCGUGUUCAUGGGCAACGCCUCCUACGCCGGCGACCGGAUCAACCUCACGAGGCUGGGCACGUGGAGCACCGGGCGCGUGGCGCACCGGCAGCUCGUGCGGCUCUGGGACGACGGCGCCGGCGGGUCGGUCACCAGCUUCACCACCGCCUUCUCCUUCGCCAUCGGCCGCAACUCCACGAACCAGGCGGACGGCAUGGCGUUCUACGUCGGGCCACCGGCGGACACGCUCGCGCCGGACAUGACCGGAGGGUUCCUCGGCCUCAUCCCCAACACCGGCGAAGCCUCGCCGCGCACCGUCGGCGUAGAGUUCGACACCUGCAGGAACCCCUGGGAUCCACAGGACGGCGUCAUCGACCACAUCGGCGUCGACGUCAACCAGAUUGUGUCCCAGAACUUCACCGCUCUGCCGACCUUGACCCUCGCCGGCGUCAUGCGGGCGGAGAUCAGGUACGACGCCGCCGCGAGGAAGAUGGUCGUCAACCUGACGGCCAACGGGUCGAACUACGGCGUGGAGGCGGCGGUGGACCUGAGAGCCGCCGGCUUGCCGCAGGACGCGGCCGUGGGAUUCUCGGCGGCCACCGGGGAACUUGUCGAGUCGCACCAGCUCCUCUCUUGGUCCUUCAACUCAAGUACAGCUGAUGGUUCAAUCUCUUCAUCAGAUCCUCCCGUUGUUCCAGAAUCAAAAAAGAAGAGGACAAAAACAUACAUAAUAGCUUCUACGUCAAGUCUUCUGGGGAUAAGCAUAUUGGUUCUUGCGGUCUUCCAAGUUUAUAAGAAACACAUGCAUUUGUCCCCUUGGCAAUGGAGAUCAACAAAUUCACCAAGAAUUGAGUCCCUCCUACGGACACAAAUAAAAAGUUACACUUACUCUGAAGUUCGAAAGAUGACUAAAUCUUUUGCCCACACCCUCGGAAAGGGUGGAUAUGGUACAGUUUAUAAAGGCAGCUUGUCUGAUGGCAGUGAGAUAGCAGUGAAGAUGCUGGAGGACACGAAGGAUGAUGCAGAGGACUUCAUCAAUGAGGUGGUCAGCAUUGGCAGAACAUCACACAUCAAUGUUGUCACUCUGUUAGGAUUGUGCUUGCAUAGAUCAAAAAGAGCUCUCGUCUAUGAGUACAUGCCCAAUGGUUCCCUCGAUAAAUACGCAGUUGGUGUAGUUGACACCGUGCAAGGAGAGAAAUCCCUAAGCUGGGAGAAGUUAUACGAGAUUUUGGUUGGAAUUGCACAAGGGCUUGAUUACCUCCACCGUUGGUGUAAUCAUCGUGUUGUCCACCUUGACAUCAAACCACAAAACAUCUUGCUAGACCAAGAUUUCCGUCCAAAAAUAUCCGAUUUUGGAUUAGCAAAGUUGUGUAAGCCAAAAGAGAGCAAAAUCUCUAUUGGUGGUGCAAGGGGAACAAUUGGCUAUAUGGCACCCGAAGUGUUUUGGAGACACCAUGGAGCCGUGACCACCAAGUCUGAUGUAUAUAGCUAUGGGAUGCUAAUUCUUCAAAUGGUUGGAGCAAGGGAAAAUACCAAUGCAAGCAUGCAGACCGUAAGCAAGUAUUUCCCUGAAUGGUUAUAUGACAACUUGAAUCAAUUUUGUGGUGCUGCUACCGAAGGCAUUGAUAGUAGAAACACUUGCAUAUCAGAGGUUGCUCGCAAGUUGGUGACAAUAGGGUUUUGGUGCAUCCAAUGUACACCUGAAGACCGGCCUUCCAUGAGUGAGGUCAUUGACAUGUUUGAUAGAAGCAUGCAUGAACUGCAACUACCACCAAGAAUGUCUUGCUGCGGAAUUGAUAAUCCAAGCAUUGUUUGAUCACUCCAUCAAGUCUUUAUUUUAACAUACUCAGUUUUAAUAUUUUAAUACUUAUACCAUUUGGUAAGACGAGGCUUAGUAAAAAUGCAUGGGUUGUAGGUUCGAUAAAAAAGGGUUGGAGUGGAAUGAAUGUUCUUUCUUGUAGUACUAUUCAUAAAUUAUUUGUGAAAAGUAAGGGUCACCAGGAGCUCAAAAUAAAACAGAGCUAUAGAAAACAAUGUCAAUGAAUUGUUGUUUCUCAAUUGGACUUUGGACAAAAGUGACUAACAACUCAUGGAAAACCAUUCAUCUGGUGUAUUGAUGGUAUCGGAAAACAAAACAUCCUAGAGGGAAAUUCAUAGAGUUCGAUAACUCCGAUACAGUGAUAUCUAUACUUUAUUAUAGAACAAUAGCAUAUAUAAAACAAUAAGAACAACAGGGCAGAAACUCUGGGUUUGGAUAAUGAAUUUGUUAAUACGAAAUAAGAAGCAACUUCUGUAGCUUGAGUUUGCAGUUUCGAUUCACAGCUAAUGGACUUGUAAGAGUGAAGAAGUACACGCUGAAGUGAGAACUAUUUGUCUUGGCGGCAACCUUUCAGUACGUGCAUACACCACCAAAUAAGAUAAAAGAGGAUUGCUACAGAUAACAUUAGGGUCGGGUGCAUUAGGGCACAUUCUUUACUGAUUGGAUUGGGCCAACAGCUCAGAUUAGACCGCUACAGUGAAAACAGGAAAGCCAAGUUUUGGCUGCCAUGUCGCUUUGAGCACUGUUGCUACUUUAAAAUGCUGGUGCUCUAUGGAUUCAUUUAUUAUAGGCGACACAGAUAC